AUGGCAGCAUCAAAUCGCCACUUCGUCACACCACAAUACCGCUUCAUUUCCGGCGAACUAAACAAUUCCGUCACAUCUGAUCCAAUGUUCGAAUUCGAACUCAACGAAUCAGACGUCUGGAACAACAACGUCUCCAUCUCACCGGAGUUACGUAAACCGGUGCCGUCUCCACGGAUCUCAAAGAGAUCUUCGUCUAUUGCUGUAAACCGGAAACCGGUCGGAGGAACUCUGGCGUCGGUACCGGUGAGUGUGCCGGUCUGGUCAAAGAUACUGAAAGAGGAUUAUGCGGAUAAUCGAAGGAGAGAUACUGACGAUGAUGAUUUGGAUGAUGAUUAUAACUCCGGUGAAGAGUGGGGGAAGGUGAGAGUGAGGAAGAAGAUGAUGGGGAAGGUGAGAGUGAAAGACAAAAUUGAUUAG